AUGCCGCCCCCCGUGGCCGACUUGUCGGAUGACGAAUCCACUGGAGAGUCUAUCCCUUACGAUGAGGUUGAAGAUAAGAAGAACGGUGUCGAGGAUUCCAAUGACGCCGAUGGCGACGAGGAGGAUGAGGAGGACUUCUACGUCGUCGAAAAGAUCCUGAGUCACGAUUUCAAGGCCGAUGGUACGCUUAUAUUCGAAGUGAAGUGGCAAGGCUACGAUGACCCGAAGGACCGGACCCAAGAACCAGAGGAGAAUCUCAAGAACGCACAGGACGUUCUUGACGAGUACUUCAAGAUCAUUGGAGGACGCCCAGAAAAACCAAGCAGGAAGCGCAAGUCAACGGGACGGCCACCCAAGGCAGCUUCGGAGGAGAAGGAGAAGCCAGAGCCCAAGAGACGCAGGAGAUCACGAGCCGCAGACACCGAGGAAACAGACGCCACCGAUGAGAAGGAAAAGGUAAAGGAAAAGGAAGGCGUAGCGCCCGACUGGGUGCCAAAGUCCAAGAACUGGGAGAAUGAAGUCAAGGCCGUUGACACCAUUGUGCGCGAAGACGGUGGGCUGGUCGCAUACCUUCACUGGAACAACGAUAAGAAAUCAAAGGUUUCGAUCGAAACAUGCUACGAAAAGUGCCCGCGCAAGAUGCUCAAAUUCUAUGAACAACACCUGGUUUUCAAAGACUCCGACGCGUAA